ACUUGUGCAGUCACAAACAAAAGCCAGAAUUCUUGUGGAAGAAGUGAAAUUGAUUUUUAUAGAAAAUUUAGUUUUAUUCCGUUUUGAAUACUUACAUGUAUCUGUCCCGGGCGAAUGUUGUUCAUCUAAAGGCAACUAGCAAGGAUCCUUCCAGCUACAUGUUAUUAGGAGAAUAGAAAAGACAAAUCGGCUUUCGGCAUAAGAAGAGAGUCGACAAGCGCAGUAAUUUGGGUAUCAAAAUGCGACACGACUGUUUUCUUGUCAAUUGUGUAUUGUUUAUCCGUUUGGUUAUCGGUCAGCCUACUACAGAUUGCGAAAGUCGUUGGUCCGAAGCAUUUGAUAUAAAGAAAUGUGACGACUCAACAGAAGUAUUAAAAGGGAAAGAGGAAGGAUUUACAAUGAACGAGGUGCAAUUACUACGUGCAAUUGUAAUGCGACUUCAGGAUAGGAUCGCCUCUAUGGAGCCCACAAUAACAGAAAUAGACUAUUUAAAAGACAGGGUCAGAGAUUUGGAAAGGAGUGUAUCCUCGCAAAAUGCCACGAUUGAAGGACUGAGACUUUCCGUGAAUAGUCAAAAUGAAACUCUUCAAAUUCCAGGUCCUUCAGGUCCGAAAGGGGAACCAGGUGCACCCGGACUGUCAGGACUCAAUGGCCUGAAGGGUGAACCCGGCGAACCAGGUCCAAAGGGCGUGGCUGGGCUCCCUGGUUUAGAUGGUCUGAAAGGCGAUAAGGGGGGCGCUGGACCGAGAGGCGUGGCUGGGAUAAAGGGAGAACAAGGUUUAUCUGGGCGGUCAGCACAGCAGGGAAUAAGAGGUCCCCCUGGACGGCCAGGGGCUAAGGGGGAGAAAGGUUCCCCUGGAGCGCAGGGCCCCAAAGGAGAGAUGGGUUUAUCUGGGCUCAAUGGACCGAAAGGAACUAAAGGCGACUCUGAUAUUCGUCUUGUUAAGGGAGAGAAAGGUUCCCAGGGAGUGCAGGGCCCCAAAGGAGAGAUGGGUUUGCCAGGGCCAGCGGGACAGAAAGGAUCUAAAGGCGACUCUAAAACUCGUCUUGUAAAGGGCGAAAAGGGUUCUCAAGGGGCGCAGGGGCCUAAAGGAGACACGGGCUUGCCUGGGUCAAGGGGACAAAAGGGACCCAAGGGUGACUGUAGCGCCCUGCUGCAUGUCGGAUCAAAUAUCACCGCAAACGAAAACGGCGGGAAUAUAUUCGAAUUGAAAGACUUAAACCACGAGCAGCACGCCAGUGUGAAGAAUAUAAGGUUAGCCAAUGGUGGAUCUCACUACAGAGGGCGCCUGGAGAUACGUCAUCGACAUCGGUGGGGGAGCAUUUGCGACCAUAAAUUUGGCGUCGAAGAAUCGAAAGUCGCCUGUCGGGAUCUUCGGCUUCCUUAUGAGGAGCCAAUCGUGAAAAGGGGAGCCCAUUUUGGUGAGGGUACUGGAAUUAUUUGGCUGGAUGACGUGGUUUGUGAUGGAACUGAAUCCAGCCUAACGCAGUGCAGACACUUAGGUUGGGGAGUUCAUUCCUGUACUCACGCUCAAGAUGUCGGACUGAUUUGUCAGUGA